AAAAGCAGAAAGGUGUAGAUUUCACUUGGUGUAUUGCUGUGCUGUGCCAUUCAAGAUCCACUAAAGUGUCACCAACAUUUGUACUACGUAUUCAUGUUGGGGUGCCAAUACUUUUUAAAAACUAGCAUUUCAAAUUCAACAUUUGGUUUGAAAAAUAAAUGGCUGAAUAAAAGCUAGACGCUGUCCCCAUAUGCCUAAGCUCAAAAUAUCACUUCUUGCUUAACCUUUUCAUUUUAUAUAUUCAUUUUAUAUAUUCAUUUUAAUGGAGGGUGCCAAUAUUUCUGGAGCUGAUCCAAACCACAGAGUGCAGCUGUUGUGCUGUAAUCUCAGAGUUCUCCGGUUUCUCUCAUGCUGUGUUAAGAGGGUGGGAGAGAGGCUGGGUCGGGGGGUGUGUAGUGACACUGAGAGGGAGAACAGGAUCGGAGAUUGUUCUAAACGCUGUUAGAACCCGCGUCAGGGAAAAGAACCAGAGCGGAGAACCAGCCAUCUGAAAGCCAUCUAAAAGUCAAAGCAGCUCUCCUCGCAGGAGUGACAGCGUGGAGCGUGUGAUGGAGAACGUCAUGGAGAGCCGUUACGAUUUCGACCUGAUCUACAUCACCGAGAGGAUCAUCUCCGUCUUCUUCCUACCUGACCUGGAUGAACACCGUUAUCGCAGCAACCUGAAGGAAGUGGCGGCCAUGUUGAAAUCGAAACAUCAGGAGAAGUUUCUGGUCAUCAAUUUGUCUGAGAAACGUCAUGACAUCUGCAGAUUAAACCCCAAGGUUGAGGAGUUUGGUUGGCCGGAUCUACAUGCCCCGCCCCUGGAUAAGAUAUGCACCAUGUGUAAGACUAUGGAAGGCUGGUUGAACUCUGACCCCCGCAACGUUGUUGUGCUUCACUGCAAGGGGAACCGAGGCAAGACUGGAGUAAUAAUAGCAGCGUACAUGCACUUCAGCAAGAUAUCAGCCGGGGCAGAUCACGCUCUCACCACCGUCGCCAUGAGGAAGUUUUGUGAGGAUAAAAUCUCCUCCUCUCUACAGCCGUCUCAGAGCAGAUAUAUUUAUUAUUUUUCCGGGCUUCUGUCUGGUGCAAUCAAGAUAAACAGCUCGUCUCUGCUCCUGCACCAGGUUCAUAUUCCAGCUAUAAUGAACUAUGAGCCCGGUGAAGCUUAUGCACCAUUCCUGAAGAUCUAUCAGUCCCUGAAACUGGUCUACACCUCAGGAAUAUAUGAAACCAACGGCUCCAGGAACCGAAUGUUGUGCAUCAAAAUAGAACCGGCUCUACUGUUGAAGGGGGACAUUAUGGUGAAGUGUUAUCAUCGGCGCUCAGGUGUGUGUGAAAGAGAGUGUGUGUUUAGAGUGCAGUUUCAUACAUGUACAGUUCACGGAUCACAGCUUUGGUUCGGAAAAAAAGAGCUGGACCAUGCAUGCACAGAUAAACGCUAUCCAGCUGAUGCUACGGUAGAACUUGUGUUCUCCACUAGUCCAGAGCAAAAGAGAGGAGAGGAGAUUCAGAAGAAAGACCCUGGGGGGAGACCAGAUAUCAGCUGCACGGAUCCUGUAGUGCGCUGGGACUCAUAUGAAAACUUUAAUCUUCACCAUGAGGACAGUAUAGAGGAUAUCUGUCACACUCGUGGCCCACUUGACGGCAGUUUGUACGCCCAGGUGAAGAAGCGCCGUGUACCUGGCUCCACUUCCAACAACCCACCAGUCGUCAACUCAUCCACUCCCAGUCAGUUACCCUGUCUCAACUCUGACACAAGUCACCGUUCCACUCGCUCUGAGCUUGAGGGACCACUUUCUUCAUCUCAUUAUCUUCACCAAAGGGAGGACAAAGAGAGGGAUGGGGGAAGGAAUAAAUCAAAUGUAAGAGAGAAGGAUCGAGAGACAGCUAUACUAGAUGAUGGCGAUUGCUCUCAUCUCCGGGUGGAGCGCUCUUGCUGUGGUCGUCCUUAUUCCCACCCUCAUUCCUACUUGGGCCUUGAUUUGUCCAAAACACCCCCUCAAAAACUCCAUCCCAAACACUACACGCUGCCUUGUACUCGUACUUCCACUCUGCCUGUCUGUGAGCCAUGUGGGUCUCAGCCGGACUUUCUGUGGGAGAGAGGGCACUGUCAGCAUCACAUCUGCACUCGGUCCUGUUGCCCAUACCCCUCACCAGAAGCACAAGCUCAUACCCGUACUCGUUCUUCCCAUGCACACACACUUCCUGUACAAGCUCGCUUAUACUGUUCAGGGGAUGCAUGUCCUAUGUUUCAUUACUCUGCUCUAGCCCACAACCACAACCACAUUCCACCACCUCAGUCUUCCCACCAAUCCCUGCCUUCCAGUCCUUACCAUGAGUUACGCUUCAGCACGACUUCACCUACUUCCUGUUCCUGCAGGGACUGCUUGCACCUGCGGGAGGAUCUGUCCCACUCUCUCAGAGUGAGCCAACUUGAAAGCCUCCCUUGGCACCGAGAGCCAGGUCUUGGAUAUAGACGAGAGGGGGCUGUGCACUGGGCAAGAGAGGGAGAUAUGGAGUCACAAGACCCAGACUGCUGGCAGCACAGAGCAGUAAUGCCACCCAUGAUGUCAUCUUUUGGAUAUGGACAUAGACAUUGCCAUUCCAUCUCUAAACAAGACCAUCCUGUCUAUGGAGCAGAUCCCCGACCAAACCCCUCAUCGAGUCCAUAUCCAAGCCCCCACAGCAGUGGAUACCACAGCCCCCAUCUACCCUGGCACUGCUCCCCACCACAUGUUAGAGAUAGUCCUGGCUAUGCGUCCAUGGCUCAGUCUCCAAAUUCAUCUCCACUAGCUCACACCCCUUCCCCAAAAAGGACCAGUGUUACCCAACAUCACAUUCAAAGCCCCAGGUCUGGAAAAGAGCACAAUAUCCAAUUCAACCACACAGAAGUCUCAGAUGAACAUUCAGAGGUGAAAAAUCCCCAUGAUGUUUCUACAAAAGAAGACUGUAAUAAUGUUCUUUCUCUGCAAGUCCAAAACAGUGUAGGACCAUCAGCAGAGCCAGAAGAAUCAGGCAAUGGUGACGUUGCACAUAGAGAUUCUCCUCCUAACAGCAGUACCUCAACUGAGCUCACUGAAGAGCCGCAACAGUCUGAGACAAAAAAUGUAGAUGUCACAGAGUCCACAUCCACCACAACCCUCGCGAGUGAGCUCAGCCAAACCUCUGAGCCAGUAGUGACAUCUCUGGGAGCAGAGUCUCUUGUGUCUGUCACUCAGGUACAAGGGAAUACCUCAGAUACCUCAGGAAUACCUGAGACGGAAAAGAGCUCUACAUGCCCAUCAGAAAGAAGCUCUUGUGAACUUCUUUUAUUGGGCCCCAGUUCUGAGGGACAGAGCCUGACGCCUCUGACAGACAGGGUUUCAUCCAAUGAGGAUGGAAGUAAUAAUGAUUUGAGAGCUCCCUCUCCAGUGCCCGAUGGCUACAUCACACCCUUGUUCCCUUUGGCAUCAUCCAACUACCCUCUCUUGACUGUGCCUCAUCUUCCGUACACUGGCUACACUGCAAUUACCAUUCCUUCUUACCCUCCUCAACCCCCUCUCCCUGAAAAACAGCGUGUCAGUCCUCUCCAGGAUUCUCCCACAAGUGCAUCCUCAGUCAGAUCAUCCACAGCAUCUUCCACCUCUUCUACCCAGGCUCAAAUCACGUUCUUAGCGACUGCAGAUACCAGACAAAAAGUAACUCCGGAGCCAGAAAAUCGUGUCAGUGCCAAGUUUGUGCAGGAUACUUCCAAGUUCUGGUACAAGCCUGGAAUCUCCAGAGAUCAAGCAAUUGCUGUUUUGAAGGAUAAGGAGCCUGGCUAUUUUCUAAUAAGGGACAGCAGCUCAUUCCAGGGUGCAUAUGGACUGGCUCUUAAAGUGGCCACACCCCCUGCUCAUGUCAGCAACCAUGGCCACACCUCUCACUCACAGGAGCAGCUGGUCAGACACUUUCUGAUUGAGAGCGGAGCAAAAGGAGUGAAAAUUAAAGGCUGUCAGAACGAAAUGUACUUUGGCUCUCUGUCUGCUCUGGUGUACCAGCACUCCAUCACACCUGUCUCUCUGCCCUGCAAACUACACAUCCCAGACAAAGAUCUUGUAGGAGAGUUGCAGGAGUUGCAGAGUGGCACCAACACCAGCACGGCUGCAGAACUGCUCAAACAGGGAGCUGCAUGCAAUGUUCUCUAUAUAAACUCUGUGGACACCGAGUCUCUGACUGGCCCACAAGCCAUCUCCAGAGCAGUGAAGUGCACCCUGACUCAGGAACCCUGCCCUUCAGCAACUGUAGUUCACUUCAAAGUGUCUACUCAGGGCAUCACCCUUACAGACAAUCAGCGCAGACUGUUCUUCAGGAGACAUUAUCCAAUCCAUAGUGUUAUAUUCAGCAGUGUGGAUCCAGAGGAUCAAAGGUGGACUGCUACUGAAAAUUCCUCUAACAGGAUGUUUGGAUUCGUAGCGAGGCGCAGUGGGAGCAGAUUGGGAAACGUCUGUCACCUGUUUGCAGAACUCGAUCCGGAGCAGCCGGCCACGGCCAUCGUCAACUUCAUCAAUAAAGUCAUGCUGGGACCACAUCACAUACGCAAGUGAGGGACGAGAAGAGAAGAGAAGAGAAGAGAAGAAAAUGGAAGAGAAGAGAAGAGAAGAGAAGAGAAGAAAAUGGAAGAGAAGAAAAUGGAAGAGAAGAGAAGAGAAGAGAAGAGAAGAGAAGAGAAGAGAAGAAAAUGGAAGAGAAGAGAAGAGAAGAGAAGAGAAGAGAAUGGAAGAGAAGAGAAGAGAAGAGAAGAAAAUGGAAGAGAAGAGAAGAGAAGAGAAUGGAGUUUUUUAAAGUUUUUAUUUUUUUAUUUUUAUCCUUAAAUUAAAUAAUACUGUCUUGAUCUUCCAGUUCUUUAUAAACCAUACUGUGCAUUGAUUACUGAAAUAAAUUUAUGUCUAAUAUAAAUUUCAAAAAUUAAUAUAAUGCGAUUUUACUAGUUAUAUUCCCUUUCUGAUAUUCCUGUUUCAUAAUAAUAUUUAGGUUGUGUUUUUAUUUUUUAUUUUUUUUUUAGAAAUUAAAUUGUAGCAGGGUUACCAUGCCUGAGAUUUUCAUUUUCCAUCUGAACUGAGUUGCUGUUUUAUUUUUUAAUUUUAUUAUUAUAAUGUUUUUUUGCCUUCAGCUUGUGUUUGGGUAUUUUGCAUUUUUAUUAUUAUAUCUGUGUAAAAUAAAGUGUAUAUUAAAUGACAAUCCUACUCCAUGAUCUACAUUUCCCAGCAUGCAUAGCGGGAUCUCGUUUUCGUCCUGUUGUGAACAUCAGUGUGUUUCUGUCUAAAUAUUAUUUUGUGUGUCACUACAUCAGUCUCCCGCUUCUCAUAAAUAUUCUUUAUUUAUGACAAAAUCUGUAAUUAAAUAAGAUUGUUUAUGAGAAAUUGUGUUCUCUUUAUACAGCUUUAUUAAAACACAUUUAUCCCACA